AUGAAUCGGGCUAUGGAAGAGGUUGUGCCGGGCAGCGACAUGCUCGAGAUUAUCGAGGAGGCUCUGCAACACGGCAAGGCGACCUGCGUGGCGUUCAACCGCAGGGGCACCCUCCUCGCGGCGGGCACCAGUGGCGGCAGCAUCGCCAUCUUCGACUUCAUCACCAGGAGCGUCGCCAGGGAGCUGGUCCCGGAGGCCAUCACGAACGAGGACGGCACCGUGGAGGAGCUCCCCGCGGUAUUUUCGGUGGCGUGGUCCUCCGACGGGAGGAAGCUCCUCAGCACGGCCGCGGACGGAAGCGUCGUCGUCUGGGACGUGGCCGAGUCGGACCUGUCCUUUCGCGCCACCUUCGACUCGCAGUUGCACAGCGCGCAGUUCUGCCCGACCAACGAUUCGCUCGCGCUCGUGUGCCCGAGCGACGACGGACCGAUGACGUUGGCGCUGGGACGCGGCCGGAAGCGGACGCCGAUGCCGCAGAUGCCGGGGUUCUGGUCGGAGGACCGAGCGUGCCGCAUCCCAUCCGGCGGUUUGGACUCGGCCGCUUCACAAACGCCGGGCUGCGCGGCGUACUCGAAGAGCGGCCGGUACGCGUUCGUGGCGAACAACCGCGGCACCCUGACCGUGGUGGAGAUGGGCACGAUGGACAUCGUCCAGGCGUGCCGCAUCCCGGGCUCGGAGGAGGGUGGGACGAUGUACGUGAAGAGGCUGGAGCUCAGCCGCGACGGCGCGCGCCUCCUCGCGGUGACCACGGCGAAGGAGAUCGCCAGCUACGACGUCAGCGACGAGGUGCUGAACGUGAACGAUAAUGGAACGCGGAUCCUCACCCCGUCGCCGUCGCUGCACAAUCCCGUGAGCAGGUCGCAGUGGGGCGCCGCGUGCUUCAGCCACGACGGCGAGUACGUGCUGGCGGCGUCGGGCGGAUCGCCGCACGAGCUGCACGCGUGGAGAAGGGAAACCGGUACGCUCGUGCGCAUCCUCCAGGGCGGCGCCGAGGCCAAGGGCAUCGCGCAGCUCCUGUCGCAUCCGAACAAGGCGCUCGCGAUCGCGGUGGGCGCGAACGGCCAGCUGUACGUGUGGGCGAGGAGGUACGCCGAGAACUGGUCCGCUUUCGACCCGACGUACGUCGAGCUCGAGGAGAACGUCAAGCUCGCCGACGACGACGACGACGAGUUCGACGCCAUCGCGAGGAAUACCACCGACGCGUUCAGGCGUUCGCUCGAGGAGCCCGAGGCUGUGGCGUUGGACAAGGCGGUCGAGGCGGCGGCGGCGGUGACGGCGGCGGAGACGAGGGAGAAGAACCAGUCGGAUUUCGACGACAGGAGUCACGCGUUCGAGCAGUGGGCGGCGGUGCGCGAGGGGACGACGGCGCCCGAGAGGCCCACGUGGAGGGAUCCGAUCAUGAUGGACGAUUUCAAACGGCGUAGCGAGGGUUUCGACGCUUGGGCGAGGGAGAAGGAGGGCGUUUCUUUGCCCGGUCUCCCCGCGAGGAACGAGGCUCUGACGUUGACCUUAGACGAGCUCCUGGGAUCGGGUCGAAGCGAUGCGGCGGAGGAUGCGGCGCAACGCGCGCAUGCCGCGUCCCUGAAGAGGUCGACUGCGAUCAAGGCUGCGGAGGAGGCGCGGCGGGCCAGGGUGGAGACUGCGAAGCUUGCCGCCGAGAAGGAGGCUGAGGAGAUCCGCGCCGAGAUCAUCGACGUCGACGCGCCGUGCGGCGGAUAUUACACCGACGAGGGCGAGGACUGCAUGCACUACCUGCCCUUGGAGCAGCUCGAGCCGCAAGAAGACGCGGUGAACGUGGUCCAGGUGAGGCUCGAGCGGUGGAAGAGGAAGAAGAUGAGAUUGACGGCGUCUGCGGAGAAGCGACCGAGGAUCGAAGGCGAACCCGACGGGGAGGAGCAGAUGGGCGACGCCGUCGACGUGAAAGAGGACGUCGACGAAGAAGAAGAAGAAGACGACGAAGAGAAUGAUGAUGACGAGGGUGAUGGGGAUGACGACGAGAUGGAGGAGGAGGACGAGGAGGAGGAGGAGGAGGAGGAGGAGGACGAGGAGGACGAGGAGGAGGACGACGACGAGGAGGAGGAGGACGACGAGGACGAUGCCGAGGACGAGGAGGAGGAGGACGAGGACGAUGACGAGGAGGAGGAGGACGACGAGGACGACGAGGAGGAGGAGGAGGUUGAAGACGAGGACGGAGUCGAGGACAUGGACGCGUCGUAG